AUGGCCGAGCCUGAUCUCGUCCGUCCCUCAACGUCGCAUUUCGGCGCCUCGGGCUUCCAGAGGAGGUUUCUUCUCUCCAGCCCGGGGCGGCCUCGAACCGCAACCGGUCACAACGAACCGAAAUCCACCCCGACACACUCACAACCCGGCUUGGCUGUGAGGGUCUGCAUCAAGUUCCAGCCGUCUCUGGACCUCACCUAUGAGAGACACUAUCAGUCCUCCUACGGCUUCGUGCCGACGGAUCAAUUAUGUCACGCCCUCGUGCGCCGCCUGGCGCACUGCUCAAAUGAGCUGCUCACCCGCAGAGACUCAACCGCCCUCGAGCGGACCAUCCCCCAGAUCGGCGAGGGGAAGCCGCUGCGGUUCGAGUUGAUCUACCAGAUCUACCGAGGGAGUUCGGAACCUUGGGCUACGAAAACCUUCAGGUCGUAUCAAAAGUAUCCCAUCGACAGAUCGUCCGCCAUGGAGAUCGCCCGCUCUACUGACCGUAUCAUUGGUUCUUUCUUGAAGCUUCAUGACAAGUCUUUUAGAUGGAUGCACGGCAGGGCACGUGAGCGGUCCUCGAGCGACCUGGAAAUACUGAAGCCUCUCAGCAACCCGGUCUCGCUCCUUCACAUCCCUCAGUCGCGUUUCGUUGAGGCCACGCAAGACUGGGAGUUCGUCCCCGGCUACGAGAUCACCCUGUCCUUCCGCAGUCGAUGCAAGGCGCGCAGGCAACGGGAAUGGCAGCGUACCAUCACGCUCAAGAGCAAGCAGAGCUCUCCACUGACGCUGUCCCACGGGGAGGAUAUGGCUUGGGUCUUGUCGACGGCAAUGCAACGUGCCUUGGAUGCUAGGAAGAUGGCUUUUGACAGGCAGCAUCGGUCUUGCAACAGAUUCGAUUUCCUCGAUGAGUGCCGCCAUUCCGAGCAGAACGCUGUUCACGUUGGAUUCCAAAUUCGAAACCAGCUUGGACUGGACCACAGGCACCUACGCCGCGAGCUCGACAGCAACCUCCUCCUCUUCCAGGAUCCGGACGGCCUCGAUUGCGAGCAGUUCCUGCACCAACUCGAGCAUGCCUUUGAAGCAAUUCGGGAUGACACUGACAACGAGUUGAGCGAGAUGGACGAUCUUAGACUCACAGUCUACGAGCUGUCCGGGCGCGGUUGGAAGACCGAAAAGCCAUUUGCUGUCUGUCUCGACUCGACGGCGUGCUAUUCCCGGCGCACCGUCAAAGCUGUUCUGGACAGAGUGCAGACGGGCGUUGCGGAUAUCCUUGGCGGCAACGAUAUGAGUAUAACCCUCAUGGUCCACAAGCGUGGCCAUCUGGUUUUGGACAAGACGCUCGUGGCCCGUUCGCCCUACUAUGCGACGGGACAGCGCGAAGAGGAAGAUCCCGAGACUGUGAAGGAACGCUUUGUGUCGAAGCUCAAGGGCCGACUUCAGUCCGAUAUUGCCAUGGUCAUUAAGGACACGUGCUCCCUGUCCGACCGCGAGCCGCAGAACAUCCGCAUCAUUGAGAGACCGGUUCCAGCAGCGGACGACCCUGCUGAGAUGGAAGCUUUACCUUCUAGCAGCCCGCUCCCGAUCCCAACACCCAAUGGGGUCGCGCCGGCUUUAUUCGAUGGCAGCUUCACUGAGUCGUCCGAACCUUCGGGUCUACAAGGUGAAACGCUUCAGAAUGGUGGUGGGGUUGAAACGACUCCCGAAAGCGUCAGUAACACCGUGGGGCUGUCGCAACAGCCUGAAACCCCAGCCAAAGCAAUCGCCUGCAAAGACCAGCUCGAUUCUUCUGGCCGAAGCAGCGUCUCCUUCUCCAUGACCGAGGACGGCGAGACUACAUAUCCAUCGUCAUCGUCUACCCCGAGCCUCGUUGAUGGAGACAUUGGAUCGCCCCACGAGAGUCUACUUUUCACGCCCACGUUUAUGAGAACGCUUUCCGGAACCCCUCAGCACUUUGACGCUAACCCGAACAUUGCGAGCUCAGAGGCUUCUGACAGCGACCCAAUCGAGGAUUCUUUGGCAGGGCCACCGACACCAACUAUGCAGCGUUUCAACGGACGGCGGCAGUUUAGCCUGGUGGGCAAAGGCAGUCGCUCCGUUUCGCGACAGUCGGUGGUGUCAACUGACUCCGGAUCCGAGCAGCGGUCGCUGACCGACUCUGAAGCUUCGCCUUCGUCUGGAUCUGAUGAUGCCAUCAUUCGGGUCCGGGAAGCUGCGUCGGAGUCUGAUGCUGGCCCUAAAUCGGUUCCCGCCCGUUCGCCAGCACCACCUGAUGCAAGAGUCGAACCAGCCGCCAAAGAGCCUGUACUCGAAGGUUGGCUGGAGUACUCCUGCGUCCCGGUUGAUGCUGAACCAGCGGCUGAAGCCAAGGCAUAUGGAAACGCGGAGCCGAGGCGGGAAGAGCCAGUGAUUGUCAUUACUCCGGCUGAGACCCGUUCCAGGCCUACCACUCCUCCGCGAUCCUUCGAGGGGGGGUUCCUGGAAUACGCCAUCGAAACCAUUGUCGAAGAAGAUGAGGAGGGUUCCGAGGCAGAAUUCCAUGACGCGGACUCCAUGGCUGUGGUGUCGAGCCCCUCGAGCUUCGCGACCGCCACGGAGACGGGUCUCAACUCUCCCAUCAACCUUGAGCAUGCAGCUCCCUCACCCCUCAUUCUUGACUCAGCGACAGCCUCGCCCAACUUCCUUGACUUAGCUUCUCCGUCUUUCGGCGACUUGGCAAAGGGCUCAUCACAAACUCCCGCGUUGGGGCCGGUCGAGUCUGGUCCUGUCAUCAAGGAUGCUGCAUAUACUCUUGAGACCCAAUCCGUCUCGUCGGAUGCCCCGAGCACGCCGACCUCGGGCUCGGUGCCCUCCUUCAGCGAUAAGGACGAUGAGGAAGAGGUUAGGGAACCGUCCACUCCUCCACCAUUGAUGACUGGCGCCGAGGACUCCGACUACUCAGAGCCCUCGGAGCCUGCCGUGCCGUUCCCCGAACUCCCUGACCACGACGCCGACGUCCACGACGACACGUCAAUGUCUAUCUCGCACUGGUCGCAGAGGGCGUCCUUCUUCCUCCCCGACGAGGCGAGUGACAGCUACUUCGGCCAUAUGCGGAAGCUCUCCAUCCCGCGCCCGCUGUCCUCGCAUCUCAAUUCGAGCGUGACGUCCUUCAGCCGCCCUUUUUCGCACCAGCGGCAGUUCUCGUCACCGACGGCGGGGCUGUUCGGUCUUCAUGAGCCGCGGCGUCUCGACAUUGGUCUCCGCGGGGCGUUGCUAGGCAUCGCUGCGUUGAAGAAGCAGAGCAAACUCGAGCGGAGGCCGUCGCAGGUGUUGCUGAGACUCGAGAACGACAAGGGCAUGGUCGUCGUGCCUGGAAACAGUCGACGGAACAGCGAGACGAGGGGAUUGGUAGUGCCGGUGUCUUGGGACUGGGUAACGCGUAUGCGUUCUAGGUGA